AUCUCAGACAACGACCAGGGGAACCAUGCAUGCAUAAACUACAGUUCCAUCAGUCCCUCGCUCUCCCUGAUGCGGAGCCAAAAGCAGGAAAUUAAUGGCUGGGGAUGGGGAGCUGAAGCUGCUGGGCAUGUGGGCGAGCCCGUUCGUCCUUCGUGCGAGACUCGCGCUCAGCUUCAAGGGCCUCAAGUAUGAGUACGUCGAGGAGGAGAUCUUUGGAAACAAGAGCGAGCUCCUCCUCGAGUCCAACCCGGUGCACAAGAAGGUACCCGUGCUCAUCCACAACGGCAAGGCUAUCUGCGAGUCACAGAUCAUCGUGCAGUACAUCAGUGAGGUCUACGACGGCACAGGCCCUUCUCUCCUCCCCGUCGGCGCCUACGACCGUGCUGUGGCUCGCUUUUGGGCUGCCUACGUUGACGACAAGGUCUUCAGCUCGUUCAUGAUGAUGAUAAUGGGCAAGACGGACGACGAGAAGGCAGAGGGGCGGAAGCAGUUGUUUGCCGCGGCGGAGACCCUGGAGGGAGCACUGAAGGAGUGCUCGUGCUCCAAGGGGAGACCCAGACCCUUCUUCGGCGGCGACAGCGUCGGCUACGUGGACAUAGCGCUCGGAGGCUUCGUCGCGUGGGUGCAGACGAGGGACCUGCUGUCUGGCUUGGAGCAUUUCGACGCCGACAAGACCCCGCUCCUCGCGACGUGGCUGGAGCGCUUCUGCGCAUUGAACGAAACCAAGGCUGUCAUGCCGGACGUGAUGAAGCUGCUCGAGUUCUCCAAGAAGAGGCAAGCACAAGCUGAUGCGGCUGCCGCUGCAGUGGUCUUGAGGUAGCUCUCACUUAUGUUUUAUUGCAUCCUCCCUGAGAAUGAAAAGAAACAACUAGCUUACUAGCUAUAUAUGUUGUUGCCUUUCUCAGCUCUCACAAAACAACCAGCAAUCUGUGCUAUUAUAUAUAUGGGAAUAACAUAUAAGGUAAAACCUCCAAAUUUGUCUUAAUGUUAAUGACAUCUCACUUAAUUUUGAAUGAGACCACAGUAGCCCAUGUA